UUUCUUUUACCCCAGCCUUGCUCAAUUUUGUUUCCUCUCCUUUAAUCUCGCCAUUUGCUGUCGUGUUUCUCUGUGUUAAAAGGGUCUUAAAGUUUUGCAACAAUGAACAAAGGAACGGGAGUGGGAAUCGGGCCCACAGCGGCGGCUGCAGCGGCUGCGGCACAGAAGCAAAAAACUAUGAUGCAUAGAGUGGAUACCGACAUCGCCAGCAUCGUCGAUAACUUCACUCAGCUUGUUAAUGUUGCCCGGGUAAAUGACCCACCAGUUAGAAAUUCACAAGAAACUUUCAUGAUGGAAAUGCGUGCAGCCAGAAUGGUCCAGGCAGCUGAUUCUUUGCUUAAGUUGGUGUCUGAGUUGAAGCAGACGGCAAUCUUUUCAGGAUUUGCAUCGCUUAACGACCAUGUUGAGCACAGAACUAACGAGUUUAACCAACAAGCAGAGAAAACAGAUCGAAUGUUAGCCAGAAUUGGAGACGAGGCUGCAGCAAGCCUCAAGGAGUUUGAAUCUCAUUAUUAUUCUUCUGCACAGAGGACAGCCGAGACUGAAUAAGCCAUGUGAAGCAGAAUAUACUCCGAAUAUCUUUAUCUAAAGGAGAGCUCUUGUCUGAUGCCAUUAUGUAAUGAAUUUCUGGGAACUCAAAAUCAUGUUGUAAGAUGCAAACCUAUUGAAUUUCUUGGCGUUCGAGUUUAUCCCAUUGUAAUGAAGGGUCAAAGAAUUGUUUCUCAA